AUGUCCAAAGUGAAGGUGCGUGAUUCUGCAUUAAACGCAAUCAAACGAUAUGUUGUAAUCAGCAAAAAUGAUGCGUUGGCAUUAGACAAAGAAGCAGUAGAAACGUAUCUUCAGCUUCUCGAGGAGCAGUGGGUCAGAUUCGCUGACGCUCAACAAGAAGUAGAGUUGUUGUGCGGCGAAGAAAGUGCGCCGGUUGAAGAGCAAUCACGCACGCAGGCAGAAGAGUGGUACAUCACAGCAAAGGCGAAUUUUAAACGCCUCAUCGGAAGCCCUGAGCAACCGCGCCCUUCCACAUCAACAAGUUUCACGUCCUCGCCAGUUCAACUGCCCAAGUUACAGCUGCCGACUUUCAGUGGAGACCCUACAAAUUGGUUAGCCUUUUUCGACGCGUUCCAGUCGCUCGUACACACGAACGCGAGUUUGUCUGCUAGUCAAAAAUUGCAUUAUUUGCGCAAUUGUCUUCAAGGUGAGGCGCUCCAACUUGUAAGCAGUCUACAGAUUUGUGAUGGCAACUACAAUGCUGCGUGGGAUCUACUCACCACGCGUUACAAGGUUUUGCGUGUCAUGGUUGAUGGUCACUUCAAAGCAAUUUUUGCAAUUGAAAAGGCAUCUCGAGAUACUGGUAAGGCCAUUAAGCAAGUUUUAAACGCUACCACGCAACACGUUGGCUCGCUACGUGCUUUAGGUCGGCCUGUGGAGUUUUGGGACGAUUGGCUUGUCCACCUUACCGUUUCGAAGUUGGCUUACGAAACCCGGAAACAAUGGGAGCUGCCAUUGGUGAGGGAUGUUUUACCUACUUUUGAAGAGUUGGUCGAGUUUUUGGAAACACGUGCGCGUUCGCUAGAGAUGGUACCGACGAGUGGUGCGCUGUCAACCUCAGCGCAAGGAGCGCGCCAGCUCAGCAAAACUGCGGCGAAGACUACAACAAACGUGCUCCAUGCGAUUGGUGAGCAACACACCUCCUCAUCCAACCUGGUUGAUGCAGGAGCCAGUUCACCCUCAUGUCUCCAUUGCAACGCCAAACACAAAAUUUACGCCUGCCCAACUUUCCGUAAAUUAAAUGCUGCUGCCCGGUUUGUAUUGGUCAAGAAACAUAAUGCUUGUCUCAACUGUCUGAGCAAAGGCCACUUUCAAGCAAAAUGUCGCAGUUUAUCAACUUGUAACAUAUGCCGUCGUCGUCAUCAUACAUUACUACACGGCUGCCGCGAAGAUGACACGACCAGCGAUGAGCUGAAUGUACACGCUUCUCCGUUUGUAAAGCAGGAAGGCAAUCUACUUGUGCAACAAUCGACUACGUCAUCUACAAUCGAUGACUCUACUACGGCGCGUAUACAUAAUGCUAGCUCGGAUGUACCGCACUCUGGUUGCGUAGCAUCUCACGUCGCUGAAGCUGACAAGGCCAUUUUAUUGGCAACCGCAGAGAUAUAUUUGCAAGAUCAUGCAGGGCGAUGGCAACCUGCUCGGGUGUUGUUUGACAACGGCUCACAUGCAUCCUUCGUGACAGAGGCCUGUAUUCAACGCCUCCGUCUACAAAGGAAACCUUCGGCAGCUCAUGUCACAGGUAUUGGUUCAACAGAUGGCGGUAAAGUUAAGGGUGAGACUAUUCUUUCACUUGCGCCCCGAUCUCUUGACCAGCAUUUCACAAUCAACUCGCUUAUUUUAUCGAAGAUUACAAACGAUCUUCCCAGCGUUUGUGUACAGAUGUCGUCUUGGCCGCACUUACGAAAUCUCGCUCUUGCUGAUCAGCAUUACGCCAAACCUGGUCCUAUUGAUGUGUUAAUAGGGAUGGAUGAGAUGGAUAAAUUCUUGUUAACCGGUCUCUGCAAAGGGCCACCUGACACACCCAUGGCGCAAAACACAGUUUUCGGUUGGGUACUUUUCGGAAAGGCCAUGCGUUCAUCCAGCCCAAGUGCGGGAGUUUUAUCCCUGCACUGUGAUGUGCAACUCAUCCGAAUGGUGAGUAAGUUUUGGGAGCUCGAAGAGUUUCCCCCCAAGCGAUACUUAACUGUCGAAGAGGAGGCUUGUGAAGGGCAUUUUCGCAAGCAUUGUCGCCGCGCUGAAGACGGGCGUUACAUCGUACGCCUACCGUUAAAGGAAUCCGUGCCUUUAGGUGAGUCGAGAAACAUAUCCGUAAGAAGUCUGCUAAGAAUGGAAAAACGUUUCGCUGCUGAUGAGGAGCUACGCCGUCAAUACGCAGAAUUUAUGCAGGAGCUUUUAAAUAUGGGCCACAUGGAGCUCGUAGGCAACGCCCAACCGCAUAAAAGUUACUACAUGCCACACCACGCUGUAGUAAAGAACACCAGCUCCACCACUAAACUGAGAGUGGUGUUCAACGCCUCAUGUAAAACCACAUCCGGUUUCUCGCUCAACGAUGCACUAAUGAUAGGCCUGCAAUUACAAGAGGAUCUGUUUUCUAUAAUGGUGCGGUUCCGGACUCAUCGUUACGCAAUAAUGGCCGAUGUCGAAAAAAUGUAUCGACAGGUAUACGUGGCAGAACAAGAUGUGGACUACCAACGCAUAGUUUGGCGUGACGACCCAACCCAACCUAUUCGGGACUAUCGCAUGCUUCGUGUAACCUACGGCGUCGCUGCAGCUUCCCACUUGGCCGUACGAUCUCUGCACCAAUCCGCUUUGGAUGCCAUCGAAACGCACAAAGAAGCAACUGUUGUCAUCAUGCGCGACUUCUACAUGGAUGAUCUUCUCACAGGCUCAUUUUCUGUCGACAACCUUAUGAAGCUACGAAAUGACGUUACCAUAGUUCUGUCUAACGCUGGCUUCGAAUUACGGAAGUGGGCUACAAAUUGCGACGAGCUUAGGGAGAAAAUACCGCAUGCGUCAAAGCAAAUUUCACAUCUGUUAGCUGACGGCGAUGAAGUACGCACCCUAGGAAUCAUUUGGAACACAAGCGACGAUUGUUUAUCGAUUGCAGUGGAUUUGACCCCACUGCCUGCAAUUCUUACGAAAAGAGUUUUUCUCUCAGAUUCGAGUAAAGUCUUCGACCCACUCGGGCUAAUCGCGCCGUGCACUAUACUCUCGAAAAUUUGGCUCCAGCGAAUCUGGCGAGCGGAAGUUGAUUGGGAUGAACCGGUGCCCGCCGAUGUCGCUGAAGAGUGGCUCUCUCACCGUCAGCAACUACCUAAACUCACGGCUCUUAAGCUAAAUCGUUGGAUUGGUACCAGUGAAAUCGUCGAGCAUGCUGAAUACCACGUUUUCACGGAUGCAUCUCAACGUGCCUACGCUGCGGUACUCUACUGCCGCACGCAACUACCCGAUGGAACUUUUAAGGUCGUUCCAGUCGCCGCGCGCGCGAAGGUCGCACCUUUAAAAAGUACUACUCUCCCACGUCUGGAAUUGUGCGCAGCGCAUUUAGGCGCCAAGCUUGUUAAGCAGGUUCAGUUGAGUUUCGGUUGCAAUAUGAAAAAUUUAUACGCGUGGACCGACUCAACUAUAACGCUAGCUUGGUUACAGAGUCACCCAAGUCGAUGGUCAGUCUUCGUUGCGAAUCGCGUAGCCGCAGUACAAGAAGUUCUAGCUCCUGAGUGCUGGAGACACGUCCGCUCAGAGCACAAUCCAGCUGACUGCGCGUCUAGAGGCUUGGCUCCGUCGAAUCUACUCGCCCAUUAUCUUUGGUGGCAAGGGCCGAGUUGGUUAGCUGAAAAUGACGAUCAGUGGCAGCAUCAAGCAACAGAAGAUUUGGAGUUGCUGACAAGGCGUAACUCGAACAUAAGUUCCGAAUUACGAGCGACCAAAUCCGCAUCACACCUCACCCAAACUGCAGAAGAUUGGGAACUAUUGUCAAGGUAUCAUUCGUAUAUUAAACUCAAGAGAAUUACAGCCUAUGCUCUACGUUUCGUCAACAACUUAAGAACAACUAGCAGUCAACGCAGUACUGGCGCCCUCACCAGCAGUGAAAUUCUCCACGCUGAAAAUGCACUGGUGGAAGCUUGUGUUAACUCGCGACCGCUCUAUUGGCACUCUGCUAGUGCUGAUGAUUUGGAAAUCCUCACUCCUGGUCAUUUCUUGAUUGGUGAGCCAAUCAAGGCGCUGCCUGAACCUGACACCGAAAAUUUCUCAGGGACGUUACAUCAACGUUGGCAAGCCAUUAGUGCAAUGCGGCAACAUUUUUGGUCACGUUGGCGAAACGAAUAUGUCGUCAACCUACAACAACGAGUUAAAUGGUUUCGCCCCUCCUCGAACCUGAAAGAAGAUGACGUUGUUAUCAUUCACGAUUCGAAUAGCCCACCCACUAAAUGGCGACUUGGGCGUGUAACUCAGUGUCAUCCGGGUGCGGAUGGACUGGUACGCGUAGUAAAGCUGAAGACGGCGGACGGAGAAUUGGUGCGGCCUAUUGCGAAACUGACGCUUUUGCCAACGCAAAAUGAUAUAUUUACUUUGUAA